UUGUAGGUCUUGGUCUGAAGCUCUCUAGCCGAUUUUCAUCAUUGUCUAUCUCUUAUUCCCAUAGAAUAAUUCGAAACAUCCAUGGAAGAGCUCCAGAACAUCGGCUACAGAGGUAUUGGAGAAGGAUUAUCACCAGCUAUUCGUUACAAUGACUUAUCGUCAAGUGAACUGUCUCUUAGCCUGAUUGAUGACUGGCAGACGCUACCUUCACUUCGAACUCCUGCACCCGAGCCCACCCCUCAUGCAUCGACAACACAAGCUCCUGUCCACAGUGAUGUGGAAAAUGAGUCCAGUGAAGGCCCUUCAGAAACACUUCACGAAACCCACCAUAUACGCUUAACACAGGAGCAGUCCUUGCAUGUCGGUUUGACUCCUCUCGAGAGAUACUGCUGUCAUGCCGAACAACACGAGCAGCUCGCAGUAGGUCAGGUAACAGGCCGCGGGUCACUCGCACGACUGGGCGAGCUCAGCGAAUCGCUCUAUAGUGCCGCAAGAAUACUUCCAGGAUGCACAUCUCGAUCUUCAGCGCCUUCCCCCUCGAGCCAAAGCUCAAGUUCUGAUAGAGACAUCAACGUGACUGCCACGCUCGCGAUUGAUCUCUGUAUAAAGGGCUCGUCUGAGCUGCAGACACUGUCGCACGAAGAACAGGCGAAACACCUGCACAAAAUUGCUAAACUGAGGAGGCGUAUUAGAGCGGAAGGGGCAGGGCGAAUGAGGAGGCCGGCACGGGUUCGCAAACGAAGUAACAAGUCAGGAGAGACAGGUCAAAGUGGCGAUGGAUCAUAGUGAAUACACGUAUACAGUCCAAGAGUUACUAGAAUACAUUAUCAGACCUACUGGAUAGGGUAAGGAUGUAAUGGCUAGGUCAAGCGAAUGCUCGACAUGUAUCAUUAGGACGAGGCUCUAAACGAUUAGCUCAGUCUUGAUAUGUCGUCUGGUAAUAUUUAUAAUCAAUAAGGGACAGACUUUAGAAUAGUAGAAUGAAGCUAUAUGAACACUUCAUACUGUGGGGAAGAACGCGACAAAUUGCGAGGGGGUGCGCUUUGCGAAUAGUCUCAACCUCGACCACACUGGCACUACAUAAUUCUGGCCUAUGAAUCUGUUACGGAUUGAGAGCUCAUAUUACUAAACUCACCUUUUUGUGCUGUUUCAAGAGAGACAGGUUUACC